GAUAAGGGAGGAUAUAAUUGUCAUUUCACUUGUGUACAAGAAGCGGCUCCAUAAAUGUCCUAAGGUAAACUCCUCAUUUCUCUUCCUCGCCAUCCGAAGAAAACCCUAACCCUAAUUCAGUCUUACUUGAAGAGAUUUUCUCCCUCUCAGUGAGAUGGCGAAGUCGAAGAACCACACUGCGCAUAACCAGUCACACAAGGCUCACAGGAAUGGAAUCAAGAAGCCCAGGAGGCACAGACACACAUCCACCAAAGGGAUGGAUCCCAAGUUCUUGAGGAACCAGAGGUACGCUAGGAAGCACAAUACCAAUGGUGGAGCUGCGACUGAGGAGGAAGAGUAAACAAUGAGACAUUUUGAUUCUGAGGGUUUUUUCAGUCAUAGCUUCUGAAAUCUAGGAUUUUUGUUUCGUCUGGUUUAUUUUUGGAACAAAAUUUCAUGGUACCAGAAUAGUUCUUCGUUUGUUGUUGAACACUUUUUUCCUGCUUGCAGGAAGCAAUGAUACCUUUUAAUUACACUUUGGGGUGAUUAAUGGUUUCAACUAUAUGAGCAUUACAUUAGAGCUA